GCCAUUCUGCCAGUACAUCGCCAGUGACUUCUCGUUCCUACGGUAUCCUUUUCCGAGUGGUGUGCUAGGACUCAUUCCUCGGGCUGCUAGCUAUAGCUAGCGUGCAGCUAUCUGAUGCUCUUGUGUCUCAUUCAUGGGCCGCUAUGCACAUCGUUGACUUCUGGUGGUCAUUCGGGCUGCCGCCCGCGCUGUCAAACACGAUUUCAGGAUGACGCGUCUUCGACAUCUUACGAUGUUCAGGGCCAAGGGUUGGCUCCUCUUGUUCCCUACUCCCAUCUCUCGCUGCGCGGCUCACUACCUCCGAGCACCCCGCGCGCGCAUCGGUUUCCUUCGACGCGCCUUCCCACGAGUCUCGCAUCCUGAACACUCUCGUAUUUGUCAAAGACUCGUAUCCUUUCCUCCGCACGGCCGUCCGUUCCUUCAAACCUUAUCUAGAAACCCGGUUUCUGUCGGCGAGCAUCCCGGCGACGCGCCGGCGAGGUCAUUAAUGCCGCGCUCGGCAUCACUGCACGAGGCUAUCGGCCAACUCCGAGAGGCAGACGAGCUCGACAGCGCCGGCCACCGCUGAGUAAUUUUGUAGGAUAUCCCUCUUAGAUCUGAGGACCCUCUGGAGGGUGCUUUCCGAGGGUAAAUGGUUGUCUUUCCAUUGUAGUCACAUGACCAUUGUGUCUACCGGUGGACACAAUGUCCUAUGGGUCAGUGACGGUCCUGCUAGCUAAGAGGGCUGACUGUGUCGUAUUGGAGUCAGUAGCCUGGUAUCUUACACCCCUACACCGGGCCACUACGCUGGAAACAGGCUGUACUGUGGCAAACGGAGGAGGUGCCACAAGCUCGGCGGCUUCGGCAACUGGAGGCGGGAUUGAUGGCGCAUCACCGUCUCUCGGGCACACGGCCGGAGAGACGCCGAUAGAAACCCAGCCUCGUGUAAAGAAGUUGUGCG